AUGAGCACACGCGUCGCCCCGCGAAAGAAGAAGCGCAACUACGACGAGCUCAAGUACCUUCGGGCGACAUGCGCCGCGCUCGAGGCCGAGGUUAAGCGGCUUUAUGCCAAGGCUGCGCCCUGCGAGAGCGAUUUAGGCUGGGAAGCUAUCGCGCGCCGCCAAGCCAGCGAGAGCCACUCUGCGCUGCAAGAAAACAGUCGGCUCAAAGCGACAGUCGAGACGCAGCUCCAGCUCGCACGGUCUCUCGAACAGCUCCUCCUCCAGCACGGACCGGCCACGGCCGAGCCCGACGCGUGGUACGACGAAGCGCAGCUGCCCGUUCGCAUCUUUGAGCGGGCCGCCGCGAUGCACCGCCGACUCGACGACGCCUUUUCUCGCCUCGAAGCCACGCUCAUUCGGCACAACAUUUUGGACAUACGCACUGGCUCGUUCGCUUAUGUGACGGUCGGUGACGAGCCACACGAUGUCCUUUCUCUCACGAGCACCCGCGUCGCGGCGUGGACCGAGCCGAUGGCGUCCGUCGCGGACCGCGUCUGGCGUGUGCUCACCACUGACCUCGUGACACCUGAAAUCACAUUACAGCGUCUUGAGACGGUCGACGCCAAUACGAUCUACUACCACUUCCACGUCGCCUCGGAGGGCCUGCCGCUGUUUCGCUGCAACUACGGUCUCAAGCGCUAUCUCCAGCCGCACGCAACGACGUUUGUGAUUCGCUCGAUGGGCUACGACCCUGUCCACCCGCCCUCGCCGUGCACGUGGACCUCGGACGACACGAUCCUUAUUCAUCUCGGCCACGGGCUGACGCCAGCAGACACCGUUGUCCGGCACGUGUUGGCGCUCCGAAUCCCGUACGUGGACGUCCUUACCAGUGAGAGCGUGCUCGAGAGCGAGCUCACAAUGUCCGAGCUCCUCCUCGGCUCGUUUGCGCGCACCAACUGCCUCAUGGAGGUGCUACUGGGCUACCAGGACCCGCGAGCAUAACACUACAAUGUA